GGCGGUGGUGUGGCGUGGAACGGACUACCCGGUCUCGGAGGGUUGGGGGAGGGGGGACGGAUGAGUUGGCGCAAAGCCUGCCGGGGCAUGGAGUCCCCGUGAGCUUUGUGCGCAUGUGCGAAGAGGCCCGCUGUCCCUGCGGGGCUCGCGACCCCAUGGGAGGGCCCGUGUCCCCAGCCCGUGAAGCAGGAAGGCCAGGCUGCCGAGGGCCUGGCCCUGGACUCACCGUGGCACCGCUUCCGCCACUUCCACCUGGGAGACGCGCCCGGGCCCCCGCGAGGGCGCUGGGCCUGCUGCGACGCGCUGUGCCGGGAAUGGCUGCGGCCCGAGGUGCACACCAAGGAGCAGAGAUGGAGCUGCUGGUGCUGGAGCAGUUCCUGAGCGCCCUGCCGCAGACAUCCAGGCCUGGGUGUGCAAGCCGCGGCCCCAAGAGCGGGGAGGACGCCGUGGACAUGCUGGAGGAGAUCUGGGGACCAGCAAUGAGGGCACCUCAGGAUGUGACGGAAGGCUCUGGGGUGGCUGUCGGAAAGGAAGAUGGUGUGAUGAUGCCUUUAGGAGACGCGGUCCCCGGGGUGAGUUGCUGGCGACGGGGGACCCAGGCCGCGCCCCUACAAGCAGGAGCCGGCGCCCUCCGCGGCCCCGGCGGCCACCUGCGCCCGGCCGCGCCCGAGCCUUGCCGGCGGACGGGCACCGCCUCUGACCGAGUGCGGCAAGGCCGCCCUGAAGCCUGCGCACCUGCUGCCACCGGCAGAGCCACUCGGGCGAGAAGCCGCACGCCUGCCCCGAGUGCGGCAAGGCCUUCCGGCGCAAGGAGCACCUGCGGCGCCACCGCGGCACGCACCCCGGCGGCCCGGGGCCGGCCUGCGCCCGCUGCCCGCGCGCGAGAAGCCGCACGCCUGCUGCGAGUGCGGCAAGACGUUCUACUGAGCGAGCACACUGGUGCGCCACCGCAAGACGCACUCGGGGGCGAGGACGUUCGCCUGCUGGCAGUGCGGAAGGGCUUCGGGCGCCGCGAGCACGUGCUGCGCCACCAGCGCAUCCACGGCGGGCGGCGGGCGGCGCGGGGGCGGCGGCGGGCCGGGGGGGGGGGGGGGGGCGCGUUCCCGGCCUGGCCCCUGGGGUACGCCCGCCUCCCUCUGCCCUCGGUGCUGCCCGGGCCCGCAGCCCCCUCGGUGCCUGCGCCGGCUCCUCUGCCGGCCCGGGCUGUCACGUUGUCCUUUUGCUCUUUCUGUCCCCUCCCCACUUUCGUGUUACGGCUUCGAAGCCCUCCCAGCCCCUCCCACCUACUCUGUGCGCCCACAGGCGCCGCCUCCCUUCCCUGCACCUGCCUCGGGCGGGGACGCCCCCCGAGACCCAGGAGCCCAGAAGUGGAGCCUGGAUCCGGAGGAGGGCCGAAGGAGGGAGACCCCUCCCCGUCUGGGGGAGGGGGGGGGGAGAGGACCGGAAGGAGCCAGUGGUUCCCACAGGACGGUCGGGCUCUGCCAGUUGGCUCCUUGGCCUUGCUCCUCUCUGCGGCCGGUGGCGUGUGAUGGACAGACGGCUGCUCCUGGGAGGCGCCGCGGAGACAGUUCAGCAUAUGGAAAGUAAUAAAGUCAUUGAGUUGUGCA